UUAAAAUAAAUAAAUAAAAUGUGAUAUAAAAAUUCCUAAGGAUAUACUAAUAUUAUUCCAAUGAAUUAUUAAUUUUGAUGGAUUCUGAGGAAAAUAAAGUCAUUUCCAAGAUUUUAAAUAGCUACCAGAAUCUCAAACACAUAAAUGGAUUUAAUAUUGGCUCCGAGUUAGAUGAAACAGUUAGCCAAAAAUAUACGGCUUUUGAGAUAAUUGCUAAUUAUAGUCAAAGCUCUAAUAUAAAGGCACUUGUUGACGUUACUUUUUAUAAAAAUGAAAUGAAACAAAUGAUUAACACCUUAAUUAUUCAUAUUAAAAAUCAUCAUGAAAAGUUAAUAUUUGAUAAAGAAUAUGGUAUUUCAGAGACAAAAUGCAAUCUUUUGGAGAAAGAAAAAAAUGACCUAUUGCUUAGCCAUAAAUUUUAUCAAUCAGAUAUUUUAAAGAUGGAAGAAAGACUAAAACUCAUGCAAAAUACGGUUAACACACUCAAAAGCGAGCUGGAAAUUAAGGAUGAAAAACAUAGGCAUGAAAUGUUCGAUAUUCAACAAAGGCAUAAUAGUAAGAUCAAAGAUACUCAAACUUCGCUUGAUAAGGCUAUUAAUGAUAAAAACGACAUGGUGCUAAAAUAUGCUAAAAGCGAAAAAGAAGUUUUAGAGUGGAAGAACAAAUACGACAAACUACAAGAUUUGCACUUACGGGAAACCAAGCUUAGGGAACAAAUUAAUGGUAAACUCAAAAACUCCAUAGUUGAACUCAAUAAAAGUGUCAUUGCUUUUGAACAGAAAAAUAAAGAGUAUUCGGCUUUAAAAAAGGAGCUAAUUACCCAAAAAGAACAGACACAAAGUCAAGCUUUAACUUCGAAAUGGCUACAAAAUAAGUUAGACGCAGAAAUUAAUAAUCAUAAAGAGACCAAAAUACAAUUAGAACUUACCAUGAAUAAAUUCACCGAAUUGAGGUCCGAACUUAAUUCCAUAUCCUGUUAUAAUGGUUUAAAGAACGAGCAAUGUCUAAUUUUAAACCAGCAGCAAAUACCUACUAGUCUCGCCUUGUCGAAUAAUAAACUUGAAAACGAUGACGCGAAUCGUCAGAGUAACAAACUAAAUGAGGAGGGGGAGAGGAAAUUGCAACUUAAUGGAAAUCCUGAAUGGGGUUUGAUAAACGACGACGAGAAUACUAAAGGCGAUAUGGAAGAAGUUGAAAAAGAAAAUAGCAAAAGUUGUGAGCAGAAAAAAGACCUAAUUUUGAAGAUUGAAUUGGAUUUGAUCAAAAACAAGCACAAAAUAAUACUAAACGAAUUGGCCAACACCACAUUCAAACUCAAUACUGUGGAACAAGAUAACGAGGAGAACCUCAGGAGAAUCGAUUAUUUGAAAGAUGCCCUCGACGAGUCUCAAACUCUUAUAAACUCUUACGAAAUCAAAUUUUCCGAUUACGAAUCGCGUCUAAAAGAUUUUAAAAAUCUGACCUCGGACUUGGUUGCGCUCAACGCAGAUAUAGAAUGUUUAAAGGAAAAUAAAAAGGAAUUUGGCUUAGAACUCACGAAGUCGCAAGAAAGGGAAAAACGUUUGUUAGAAUUCACUGAAAUUACAUCGACAGAAGCUGCGAAACACUUGGCUGAAAUAUCUUUUUUGAGGGACAAGGCUGACAAAAUAUCCACCGAAAACGAAAAAUUGUCUCUCAUCAAUGAAAAUAUAGAUCGGGAGAUUAAAAAAAUUAUCGAAGAAAAGGCCAAAUUGGUGUUGGAAUUCAAAGAAACUUUGUUAACUAAGGAAAAACUUAUCAACGAGAAGGACAAAUUAUUCAUAGAGGACAAUAACAUUAUCGAAGAUUUGCGGACCCAAGUUAAAUCAUAUAAGAAGAAAUACGAGGCCUGCAGUAAAGAUUUAUCGCAACACCUCAAGCUUAUCCAUUAUACUCCACAUUUUGACUCUACUGAAACUAUAAACUAUUCAUCAAAAUUUCUAAGUUCGAAAUCGAUGAAAUCAAUCAAUUCGAUCAGUUCAUUUUCUAAUAGCAAAGAGGACGAGGACACCUCUUCCAUAAAAAGUUGUUAUUCGUGCAAUAUUCCGCCUGACAAUGCUGUCAUCAGAAGUAGCAUACCCUGUGGCGAAACAAUGUCUAAUCUUAACGAGGCUACUUCAAAUGAUCAUUUAAUUCACAUACCCUUGGAAGAUUCCUCAAAUUCUUCUACCAUCAACAAUAACAUGAAGCUUUUGAUGGAUAAAAGUAUAAGACUUCAAAAGGCUUUAGUCAGGAAGAAGGAAAAAAUUGAAUUCUUGAACGAUCACAUCGUUAGAUUGCAGGGAGAAUUGCACAAAAAAGCAAAAAUCAUACAAACAUUAUUACUUAACGAGCACGCUGGAGCUCUUACGACAGAAGAAGUAGACGAUAAUAAGGCAUCGAUGGCUCGGAAAAGCACCAUAAUGUCAUCGAUUUUUAACUCAACCAGAAACGAUAAACAAAUGACCCUUUCGUUGUCCCUCGAAAUCAACGCCAAAUUGCAAAACCUUCUCGAAGAUUCUAUACUAAAAAUUAUUAUACUAAAAGAAGGUAUGGAAAAUUUGGGAAGAGAAAUCUCCAAACUAUUACAGGAAAACAAGGCUCUCAAAAUUUCAUAGGACAAUAUUAUCAACAUAAUUUACAAAACACAUAUUUUUGAAGAAAAUUGUAUAUCAAUAAAUUAAUAUAAAUAUUAUAAUAUAUAUCAAAUAUGUGACUAAUUUUUUGGAAAAAAAACUACAUCUACAUUCAUGCAAAUACUAUUAUAAAACAUAGACAUAAUCUACCUUAAAAUUUUAAUAUUUAUUAUUAUACUACUGCUUUUAACCAAAACUAAAUGUUCAUAUCGUUUUAGUAAAUAUAAAUUAUAUUCAAUAUUUUAAAGAUCAAGUUUUUUUUACACUUUAUUAAAUAAAAGCAAAUUGUAUAAAAAUAUUAAUUAUCGGAUUUUAUAAUUUUAAAACCCAAUAGCAUCUAUUAUUAUUUUAUUAUAUUUAUUUGCUUGAGCAUGAAUUCAUUUUUUGAUUUUAAUGAUUAUUAUU